ACGAUCGAUAUAUGUAAACAAACGGGAUCUGGGAUUUUUGAAGUUAUACCUUAUAAACGUGUUUAAAAUAAAAAACUGGAAAAGAUUUAUUCUUUAAGAUUAUCUGCUUUUCGCUGUACUCCAAAGCAACUGCGCGUACAAGAGUGUCAAGAACCUACAUUGAGAACUCUUUAUAUUCGGUUUCUUUAGUACUUACUUCUUAUUGAUAAAAUUUAUUUUUCUAAUUUUUCUUUUUCUUUAUAAUUGGACAAAAUUUCCUUGGUUUUCUACUGAUUAUUUGAAUCAACUUCAUUUCUCACUACUGUCUUCAGCUUCUUUACUAAAUUCUUCACUUCAUAAUUUAUUAAAAGCAAUCUUUCAACUCGACGAAGCUGAAAACAAUACGCAGGUUCAUCUAUUUAGCGUUUGAGAAUUUACGAGAACUCCGCCGUUUUCCUUUUUGACCUCCGACUAGACCACUGAUUUGUUUGUUUGUUUUCCUUUUUCUUUUUUUUUUUUUUUUUGCUAUUAUACAUUGUUCAUGAUAAUCCUUAACUUCCUCAUCUUGUAAUACCUUCUGUUAAGAAUUACGAAUAUGCAAGCGAAUCAUCAGAAUACAUCACAGAUGAAUGAUGGACCUUCAGCUCCCUCUCAAAAAGCCGUUCCAAAAGAAAAAUUAUUACCUUGCAAAUACCGUACUGGCCGUGUUUUAGGUGGUGGCAGCUAUUCGGUUGUUAAAGAAGCUGUUCAUAUUGAAACAAAAGAGUUGUAUGCAGCGAAGAUAAUAAACAAGAAACUGGUUGAGAAAAAGCCGGAAUUUGUAAAAAACGAAAUUACAAUUUUAAAACGAAUCUCAAGUGGACACCCUAACAUCCUACGCCUUGUUGACUAUUUUGAAACUGUAAAUAAUUUGUACCUAAUCACCGAACUUGCUACUGGCGGCGAACUCUUCGACCGUAUUUGUUCUCAAGGAUCAUUUUAUGAAGCAGACGCGGCAAGGCUUAUACGCACAACUACCUCUGCCGUUAAAUACCUGCAUGAAAAUGGAAUUGUACAUCGUGACUUGAAGCCCGAAAACUUACUUUAUCGUUCAAAAGAUCCAAAUUCUGAGCUCCUAAUUGCUGACUUUGGGCUGUCCCAAUUUUAUGAUGAUUCACAAUACUACAUGCUAAUGACGGCUUGCGGAACUCCCGAGUAUAUGGCGCCAGAAAUAUUUCGACGUGUCGGUUAUGGAAAAUCAGUAGAUAUUUGGUCUAUCGGUGUGAUAGCUUACUUUUUGCUAUGCGGAUAUUCCCCUUUUGUAAGGUCUUCACAGGUAGAAGUCAUUGAAGCAAUUUUGGCAAAUCAAUAUGAAUUUCAUGAAGCUUACUGGUCCGGUGUCUCCUCUACUGCGAAAGAUUUUAUUUGUAAAUGUUUGGAAGAUGACCCUGCGAAAAGACUGACUGCCACAGAAGCCCUACACCAUCCGUUUCUUUCUACAAAGGUUCCGGCAACUGCGAACCUGCUUCCUAAAGUUCGAGAAAACUUCAAUGCACGAAAGAAGUUUAGAAAAGCUUUUAAUGCUGUACGAGCUUUUAAUACUUUGAAGAAAGACAUUGAACCAAAAUCUCGCUAAAGACCAUCUCGAUUUUAUCCACCUUUUUCGGCAUAUACCUUUUUUACGUUUCACUAUGUCUAUUUACCAUUUAGCAUUUUCAUAAGUUUAAUAUUAUCAUUCUUUUUGCAUGUAGAAA